AAACGACGACGAAAAAUUAUGUCAACAAAAACAUUCGCUCGAAAAACCACCUACAAAAGUUGCUAGCGCAGAUUCCGGGUUCCGAGAAAAACGGAAAAAAAUACCCGGUGCAGUUUUAUGAGGCCCCUCCGGCACUGCUCGCGGGAAGUGUUGUGGUAAAGUUGCGCGAUGGCAGCCGGCAUAAAGUUCCUGAUCCAGAAGGAGGUGUUCGACGCGCUGGAGGAGCGAAUUCUUUCGGUGUGCAAUGUGAGCAAACUGCUGAAGAAGAAAAAGAGCUCGUACCUGUGUCUGGUGGCGUCGACGAAACCGCGGAUCGUGGUCACGAUCUGCCAGGUCAAGCAGUACGACAAGGGCGUGUGGAAGAAGAAGCGGACGUGGGCGCUGGAGGAGGUGAAGGGGGUCGAUGGGCGGAAUGAGUCACCGGAGACGCACGAGUUCGAUGUGCAGCUGGAGAAGGUGUACCGUUGGUUUGCGGCGAACCUGCACGAGCGGCAGAACUUUAUUACGGUGCUGUGGAAGCAGCUGGCGAAGCAUGUGCGGGUGGAGGAGCGGCCGGUGUUUAAGAAUGUGCCCAAGACGUGGCUGACGGAGCGGUCGCCGGAGAAGAUGGUCGGGGAGGGGGGGAAGUUUGGGGGGAUUGGGGUUGGGGGACGGGGUCAGGAAGAGGAUGAGGAUGAGCUGGACGAGAUGGUUGAGAGUGAGGACUUUCACGCGUUGACGGAGAAGGAGGAGACGAAUUUGAGCAAGUUGAUUGGGGAGUGCGAUUACGCGAUUAGUAAUGCGGAGUUGUUUAUGGAACAGUUGGGGAAGAAUUUGCAGGAGCUGGACGGGGCGAAUAUUCAGAGUGUGCUUGCGUCGGAGAAGCAGGUUGACGCGUUGAUGGACCAAAUUGAAACGGCUAUUCUUGAGGCGGAAAAGGUCGAGAAGCGGUUGGACGAUUACGACGAAAUUCUGUGCCACAUUCGGGACACGAUGGAAAAGAUGGGCGAAAAGAACCAGAUGAUUGAGAUCGCCAACACAAAUAAUGUAAAAUUGCUUCAAGAGUUGGAGAAGGUCGUCUCUCAGCUGGAUCUUCCUCACGUGCACCAACUUGCGCUAAGCGACACGGAUCUAACUCCGAAGGGACUCCCGGCUGCAAUCGCAGCCGGUAAAGCUCUCCAAACAGCGAUGAAUAGUGACAUCGAUCCGGCACUGCUCCGGCUAACCGCCGUACAAGAUCAGCGCAAGCGGUUCGAAAAGUGGAAAGCCAAAUUCUCCCAAACCGUAAGCCGACAUCUGAACAACCUGUUCAUCCAUCUGGGAAAUCUGGGCGACUCGCAAAGUCCGCACUCCGGCACCGAUAUAAACCUCCCGAAGCACAACUCCGUCCACCGGGAGUUGUCCGCGUACGCCGAACUUAUGCACUGGAUGAAGGCGAUGGACCGCAAAGCGUACGACGCCCUCAUCAAGGUCUACACAAGCUCGCUGAGCAAGGUCUACGAUCGGGACAUUCGGCUUUUCUUCGAAGCGGCCAAGCAAUCCAUCUCCGUCAAACGGUUCGGCUCGCGCGAAGACCUCAACAGCAGUUCGAUGAGCAACAAGCUGAAGCUGGGCCAACCCAGCAAACAGCCGGUUUCUCAACCGUACGGCAUCCUCGGCAUCAACCGGGAACUGUGGGGACCCGGCGCCGAACCGGUCGAGCGACAAAAGUUCGACUCGAUCCUGGAAAAAGUCCUUGCCGAACUCGAACCGGUCGCGCUCAGUGAGCAGCACUUUUGCAUCGCCUUCUUCCAGCUGGACGUGAUAAGUCCGACCGGGAAGAACACUCAAACGACGCUGGACAUGGCGGCCGCCAUUCAGGACCGGGAGCAGCGAGACGAGCGGGAUACGGCGGUGGUGGCGAUUCCGCAGAAGCGGCUCGAUCGGCAGAUCAACGAAGAUGUGCGGCGGAUGAUGGGCGAGCUGUUUAGCAAUUUGGAGCAGGAGCUAAACAGCUUCAUACUGAGCUUUGAGAAGCUGGACAGUUACUACUCGCUGUACGUGCUGGUCCGCCUCACGCAGCACGUCAUGUCCGCCCAGGAGGGUCAGUCCUUCCUCAGCAUGACGUUCGCGUCGGCGCUGAUCCACGUGAAGCGCAACUUUGACAAGUUUAUGAACCUGCAGCUGCAGUCCAUCCAGGAGGCAAAGGUGCCCAAGCGGUCCAAGUGUGGCCUGCUUCCGUACGUGGAGAACUUUGAGGAGUUUGCCGUGACGGCCGAGUCCAUCUUCAAAAAGACGGAACGCCGCAACGAUCUGGACAAGUGGCUGGUAAAGCUGGUGGAGGCGAUCUUCGAGUACAUCCCGGUGAACGCGAUGGACCACGCGAAAACACCGCACCAGGUCGUCAAGAUGGAGAACUACCACCGGAUGCACUCGCUGCUGUCGCAGCUCAAGGUCGGCGUGCUCGAACAACUCAAAAAGGACGCCAAGAUCCGUUACAACGACGCGUUGAAGGCUUACGUGACCAAGUACUUUGGACGGCCGCUAGAAAAAUUGAACCAAUUCUUCGAGGGCGUCCAGCAAAAGGUACAGCAGGGCGUGAAGGAAACCGAAAUCAGCUACCAGAUGGCGUACUCGAAGCAGGAACUGCGCAAGGUCAUCGCCCAGUACCCGGCCCGCGAGGUCAAGAAGGGGCUCGAGCAGCUCUACAAAAAGGUCGAGAAGCACCUGUGCGAGGAGGAGAACCUGCUGCAGGUGGUGUGGCGCGCCAUGCAGGAGGAGUUUAUCGCCCAGUACAACUCGCUCGAGCUGUGGAUCCAGCGGUGCUACGCGGGCGCGAUGAUCACGCUCGAUUUUACCAUCAAGGACAUUCUGGACUUUUUCUCCGAGAUUGCGAGGUCGCACUAAAGUUUAAAAAUUGUGUAACAAAAAAGAAAACAAAACUAUUCCAAAUUGGUAUGACUUAUCGAGCUCAGUUAACGAAUAUUUUAUUAGAAUUUAGCCCUAAGAAAAAGAAAACUUUGUUGCACCCUGUACUCUUAUCGUUAUAUUUACACACACUCACUCAAACCCACACACAGUUUAGUCCUAUGUGAAAAAACUACCCUUGAAAAAGGAUGUAAUUUAUCGAACAAAUUAAAAAGUUGGCCGUUAAUGGCGAACGAAACAAAAUAUGGCAAAUAUUAAAACAAUAUCAAUUAAUUCGCUUAUUACUUAUAUAAUGAAAAAUUGUAUAGAAGUUAUAAACUUAUUAAUAAAGAGAAUUAUAGAUACGAA